GUUUUGAUGCAAUAUUAAUUUUUCUUACUUCUGCAAACACUAAAUCUGGUGUAAUUUUGUUGUUUUAUGGGUAGAUAUUGUAAUAGUAGUUUGUAUAGGUACUAGGUGGUAAUUUGGUAGGUACUAUAUAAGCUGGACAGUGUAAAUGUACAACUACUGUUUUGAUGCAAUAUUAAUUUUUCUUACUUCCGCAAACACUAAAUCUGGCAUGGUAUCAGAGCCUGGACAGGGUACUAGGUGGUAAUUUGGUAGGUACUAUAUAAGCUGGACAGUGUAAAUGUACAACUACUGUUUUGAUGCAAUAUUAAUUUUUCUUACUUCCGCAAACACUAAAUCUGGCAUGGUAUCAGAGCAAAACUAGGGUUUCAGUUUUCCAUUCUUGAUUUCUUUCGUUUCUCUCUUCUUUGCGCCGCGAUGGCGAAUCCUCUUCCUCUUCCGGCGAAUCUUGAUCCUAAUCAUCCACACUACCUCAACCAGAACGAGAAUCCAGCGCUGGUGCUCGUGUCGACGCUUCUCCAUGGUGGCAAUUACCAGUCCUGGGCGCGAUCGAUGAGGAUGGCUUUACUCGCGAAGAACAAGGUCGCGUUCGUCAAUGGCGAUGCUCCGCGUCCUGGAGAUGCUGAUCCGUUGCUUCCGGCUUGGGAGCGGGCUAAUCUGAUGGUUUUGGGCUGGCUUUACUGUUCUCUGGAGCCGACGAUUGCUCAGUCGAUCCUCUGGCUCGAUUCUGCGAGGGAAGUGUGGCUGGAUCUCCAAGAACGCUUUGGUCAAGCGAAUCUGGUUCGGAUCUCCGAUUUGCAUGAAGAGAUCUAUGGCUUCAAGCAGGGCAAUCUUACUGUGACGGAGUAUUACACUCGAUUCAAGGUUCUUUGGGACGAGUUCUUUGCGCUUCGACCUCUGCCUGGCUGUACAUGCACUCCGCGGUGUCGAUGCGGCGCGUUCACGAGGCUUCGUGGCUAUGUCGAGGCGGAUCAGAUCAUUCGAUUUCUUCGCGGUCUUCGCGAUUCUUUUGGUCCGAUCCGGUCGCAGAUCCUCCAGCUCGAUCCUCUGCCGCCGAUCAAUCGCGUCUUCGCUCAGGUCGUUCAGCAAGAACGCGAGUCUCGGCAUGGAGCUUCUCUGGUUCCGACGGUUCAGCCUCCUAUGGCGUUUGCCGCUCCUUCAUCUUCUGCUCAAGGAGGCCGUUACACUCAAGAAGGCGCUUCGUCUUCUGGAUGUCAUUUGGAUUUAUCGAUCAACCCACCAAUCCAUUUGAUCCAAUCCAUGAAUCCACCAAUCCAAUCCACGAAUCCGAUCCAAUUCCCCUCUACUUGCGAGACUUCGAACAGUUCAUAUUCCGCCUGGUGAAGCAGCAUCAAGCCAGCAAGUCAACCCUUCCAAAUUUGUUUUAUCAAUUUUUUUUUUCCGAUUUCAAUUAAGCUUGGGGAUUUGGCUAUUGACUGGAGGGGUUGUUUUAAUUUUUUUAUAUCGGUAUUGGCGACAUCAAUUUAUUGAAGAUUAUGAGUUUAAACGAGAAAAUACAAAGGACUCAAUUAAUGGGAUCCUAAGUUGAUAAAUUAUAAGGUUGUUUUAAUUUCGAUAUAUUUAAACCGUUGGUGACGAGAUUCCAACCAGCAAGUUGCUUAAUUAUUUUCUUUAUGCGUAAAGAAAAGUUUCCAAACCAUAAAAAAAAAAAAGGUUUCCAUAUAUGCAAGUUGGUAAGAAAGGUUUCCAUAUAUGCAACUUGGUAUUACAGACAACUAAUUAAUUAUAAGGGGAAAGCCAUCAGUCCAUCACUACAGUAUGCUUUUGAUGUCCAAGGUCAACGUGUGCUACAGACAUGUCAAAUGUUAGAUACUAAUAUUUUAUUUCGAGCACACAAAAAAAAAAAAGUAGAAUAUUAGCUCGUAACAAAUUAUUAUCAUCACU